AUGGCGCUGCCUCUUGCCAGGCUGCAGCUGCUGCUGCUGCUGCCCUUCCAGGGUGCCCGUGCCCAGGUCAGCGGGAGCCUCCAGGUGCUGCAGUCCCCGGAGAAGGUGUCGGUGUCCAUGGGGAAGACGCUCACGCUGAACUGCACCGUGCUCGAAAGCAAGGCCGUGGGACCCGUGAAGUGGCUGAAGGACUCGGGAGGAAAGAAUGAGACCGUUUAUGACCAAAAAAGCUCCUGGCCCCGUGUGACCAGGGUGGUGGACAGCUCCAACAUAAAUUACGACAUCAACAUCAGUAACAUGCAAGUUGAGGAUGCUGGGACCUAUUACUGCGUGAAGUUUAAGAAAAGAGACCAUCAGGACGAGGUGCUUUUGUCGGGACAGGGCACGAAGGUGCUUGUGAACGGUGAGUGGAGCCCUCGGCCCCGUCCCCCCGGCCUGGCCGUGCACCCUGUUCCCCGGGGCUGCGGGGCAGAGCGCCGGCCCCACGGGCAAACGCCUCUCCCCACAGCCAGCCCCGUGGACGUGGCCGUGUCGGGGCCGACGCAGCGCGUGGAGUCGGGCAGCUCAGCGACCUUCACGUGCACGGCCAGAGGCUUCUUCCCCGAGGACAUCCAGGUGCAGUGGUUCAAGGACGAGCACUCGCUGUCGGCACCACCGGUGCUGGUCAUCCCGGAGCGGCCGGGCUCCUCCUUCGCCAUGAGCAGCGCGGUGCAGGUGCGGCUGGCGCCCGCCGACGUGCGCGCCCGGCUCAGCUGCAGCAUCCUGAUCCUGCUGGGCUUCUUCUCCGGCCUCCUGCUGGAAAAGGGGCUCUUGGGCCUCGUCCUCUUCUACCUCUUCAAGCGCUUAAUGGA